AUGACCCAACCGCGACCCAAGAUUGAAUAUGUCAUAUUUGACAUGGAUGGACUGCUAAUAGACUCCGAGAGGGUGUACACCGAGGUGACCAACGCCAUCCUCGCAGAGUACGGCAAAGAGAUGACCUGGGACAUCAAAGCCGGCCUCAUGGGCAAGCCCGAGCGCGACGCCGCGGCCCACCUGCUCGCCUUCUUCCCCGACCUCCCGCCCUCCUUCACGAUCGACACGUACCUCGCGCUCCGGCGCGCGGGGCAGGACGCGCGCUGGCCGUACGUGCAGCCGCUGCCCGGCGCCGUGCGCCUCGUGCGCCACCUGCACGCGCACGGCGUCCCGAUCGCGGUCGCGACGGGCUCGCAGCGGCGCAACUACGUGCAGAAGAGUGCGCACCUCAUGGACGCGCUCUUCGAGUGCUUUGCGGGCCGCGUCGUGUGCGCGGACGACGGGCUCGUCGCGCCCGGCCGCGGGAAGCCGCACCCGGACGUGUUCCUCGUCGCGGCGGAGCGGUGCUUGGGGCGGCGUGUCGGGGUGGCUGAGGCCGGUGAGAGUGCGGUGAGUGCGGAGGAAGGUAAGGAGAGAGCGCUGGGACUUGUGUUUGAAGAUGCGAUUCCGGGGGUGCAGGCGGGCAAGAGGGCCGGUAUGAAUGUUGUUUGGGUCCCUGACGUGAACUUGCUGUCGUUGGGAGAGUCGGGUCCGACCAUGGACAUUGAACAGCCUGACCAGACCCUCAACUCUCUCGAGAAUUUCGUACCUGAGGAGUGGGGGCUGCCGCCAUACGAUGACGAUGUCGCAACAUCGUAG